AUGGAUGUAAAAGGAAGAAACAACAACAACAACAACGUUAUGAGUUGUGAAGAUGAUGAGAUGGACCUUAGAAGAGGUCCAUGGACCGUAGAUGAGGACCUAACCCUCAUGAAUUACAUUGCUACUCAUGGUGAAGGUCGUUGGAAUACCCUAGCCAACUUAGCAGGUCUUAAACGAUCGGGCAAGAGUUGUCGAUUGAGGUGGCUAAACUAUCUUCGUCCCGAUGUUAGACGUGGAAAUAUCACACUCGAGGAGCAACUUUUGAUUCUUGAACUUCAUGCUCGUUGGGGAAAUCGAUGGUCGAAAAUAGCUCAAUUUCUACCGGGCAGAACGGAUAAUGAAAUUAAGAAUUAUUGGAGAACUCGUGUACAAAAGUUAGCUAAACAACUCAAAUGUGACGUGAAUAGCAAGCAAUUCAAGGACACCAUGCGUUACCUUUGGAUGCCAAGGCUAGUUGAGCGCAUUCAAGCCGCAUCGGCCGCCACUUCCACCACCACCAAGACGACCGUCAACAAUACUACAUCCAACUACAUCAACAAUAAUAAUGGCCUAAAAGUUACAAUGGGUUCAACUCCAACAAUUACUAUGAACAAUGAAUUUGUGAGUUCACAACCACAUAUAACACAAAGUUAUACCCUAGAGAAUAGUAACACAACCACAUCAUCAGAUUCAUUUGAGAAUCAUAAGGUCUCAACAAUAUCAGAUUUGGGUGAUAAUAAUUAUAAUUAUUAUUACACAAAUGUUGAUAAUAAGAAUAACCCUAACUCUAAUUUAGAUUAUUGUCAACCUUCUCAUCAACCUAGCUUCUCGGAUUGCAUCACAAGCCCAUCUGGAUUAUUCUCUCAAGAAUUAGCCGAUUUUCAAUUCAUGGAGCCAAACACACCAUGGAUGCAAAAUGAGAACUCAUCAGAUAUUUUUUGGAAUGAUGAAACUAUGUUGUUUUUAGAGCAACAACUCAUGAAUGAUACCAUGUAA